AUGAGUCGUCUUGUCGGGUUCUUUGACCAAACGUUGGACAAGAUCAAAGGAAACCCCGCGGUCACAGCUUCUACCUCAUCCAAUGGCUCCGCUACCAUACCCAUACCUUCGCUGACCGAAGCCUUGCGCACAUUGCAUCAGAGCGCUGGGGUGUUUCCACCUCUUCAGGUCGCCAUCGGAAGCCUGUUGACCUGCGUCGAGCGCAUAGAGCUUGGACCGAAGCAUCGUACGGAGUUCGAUCGUCUCGCAACAAGGCUGGCUUCACUCAGCGACUCGCUGGCUUGGCACAUAGCGGCAUCUAAAUCGACGCGUGUUACUGAAUUUCUUGAGAAAAAGGCAGCGUUGGUCAAAGAUCAAGUGGAGAUCAUCAGCAGCAAGCAGAAGCGUGGACUAGCAAGACGCUACAGGCAGGCUCAGCGAGAUCAGGAUGACAUACUGAAUGGGUACAGACGGAUAGCCGAGAUUCUUGAUGAGCUACAGACCGAGACAAGCCUGAAGAUGUGGAGCAUAGCCGAAGAGCAGCUCGAGGACUCCCGCCUCAAAUCAUUAUCGCCCGUCCACCUCGCCACCUAUAACUCGUCUCUGUCCGAAGACGUCAACCGCCGAGCAUGCACUGAGGGUACCCGGGUGAGCAUCCUGGCCAAGCUUAACCAAUGGUCAGUCGAUCCGACCCAGCCAAACGUGUUCUGGAUGAACGGCAUGGCCGGCACGGGCAAGACCACGAUCGCAUAUACCUUUGCCAAGUCUCUACGAGAACGUGGGGCGCUUGGUGCGAGCUUCUUCUGCACGCGUACAUCGAAUGAAUGCCAAGACGUCCGACAAAUCAUACCCACUAUCGCCUAUCAGCUUGCACGACACUGGCCCUCGUUUCGAUCGGCCCUGUUGGGCGUUUUGGAGCAAGAGCCUGAGAUUCAGUCGCAAGCUAUCACCAGUCAGUGCGAGCGACUGAUCAAAGAUCCGCUAUCAAAGGUCAUGGACAGAAUGACAAAAGGGCUAGUAGUGGUGAUCGAUGCGCUUGAUGAGUGCAGUAGUCCCAAAGGCGUAGGGACGAUUCUUGAUGUCUUGUUCAGGAUUGCUCCCGGCCUUCCCGUCAAGUUCUUCGUCACUAGUCGGCCCGAAGCUGAUAUCCGCCACAGAGUAGAAGCCCAGCCUGGCCAGAAUCGGCUGAUGUGCGUACUGCAUGACAUAGAAGAGUCGCUUGUGCAAGCCGACAUCACACUGUACCUUCGUGCCGAGCUUGCCAGCAGCGACGUCUCGGAUUCCAAUUUGACCCAACUUGCGAGUCUAUCAGGUAAACUGUUCAUAUAUGCGGCCACAGCAGUUCGGUACAUUCGACAGGCGGGAACCAUGGUCGACCAGGAUCGCCUCGAGGCCAUUCUUAGCUCGGCCUCCGACUCGGACUAUCGACACUCGGAGAUCAACCAACUAUAUACGACGAUUCUCGAUACGGCAGUGUACCAAUCGAACCGAGAGCCACGAGAGCAGGAGUGGAUGCAACUGAUAAUCUGGACGGCCGUCUGCACGCGCGAGCCCGUCACCAUCGAUACACUCGCGGCCCUUGCCGGGAUCAAACCAGCAAAGGCGACCAUACUGCUCCAGUCGCUAUACUCGGUGCUGCACGUAUCACAGGUCACCAACAUGGUCUCAACGCUGCAUGCAUCCUUCCCCGACUACAUCUUUGACGAAGCGCGGUCCAAAAGGUUCUACUGCGACGAAACGACGCAUAGCCAGCUGCUGUCCAAGCACUGCUUCGACAUCAUGCACGACCAGCUGCGGUUCAACAUCUGCGGUCUAGAGACAUCGUUCAUAGCCGAUAGCGAGGUGAAGGACCUGAAGGCUCGAAUCAAUAGGUCGAUCUCGCCAACGCUGUCGUACGCCGCGCACCACUGGGGACAUCAUGUAGCGAAAAGCACGCACUGCGGGGAGACGCAGACGAAGCUAGAAGAAUUUUUCUCAAAUCAGCUGCUGUUCUGGAUGGAGGUGCUGAGUCUAAAAGGGACCCUGGAUAUGGGCAUAGCUAUGCUGUCACUGGUUAAGCCAUGGCUGACGGCCAAAAAAUCGCCAUCAAACCUUAUCAAGACACUCGACGACUCAUGGAUCUUUGUGUCCACGUUUGCUGCGGGAUCGGGCUCGCAGUCGACACCGCAUAUAUACAUCUCAGCACUUGCAUUUUGCCAUCCGUCCAGUUGGGUCUCGCAGCAAUACAAAGGUCGUACCCGGCAAUUGCUAUCACUGGCAGGCUCGGCAGUAGAGGGGAGUCCAACGGCGCUUCUUGCAACGUGGAGGAUGCAGUCGGAACCCGUCCGCGUAGCAUUCUCAUCUGGUGGGACUCAAUUGGCAAUUGGAUUUAGUGAUGGCGCGGUUUGCGUGGUUCAUGCUCACAAUGGAGCAGUUGCACUUGGACCCCUCAAGGGGCACAUGGCGGGGGUGAACUCUGUAGCACUCUCACCCGACGGAUCGAUGCUUGCCUCUGGCUCCGACAACGGCACCAUCCUUGUCCGGGACGCGCAGACGGGCAAUCCAAUAUAUGACGUCAUCAAGCGAUAUGGAGGGGUGACGUCAGUGUGCUUCUCACCCGACGGAUCGAUGCUUGCCUCUGGCUCCGACAACGGCACCAUCCUUGUCCGGGACGCGCAGACGGGCAAUCCAAUAUAUGACGUCAUCAAGGGACAUGGAGGGGUGACGUCAGUGUGCUUCUCACCCGACGGAUCGAUGCUUGCCUCUGGCUCCGACGACGGCACCAUCCUUGUCCGGGACGCGCAGACGGGCAAUCCAAUAUAUGACGUCAUCAAGGGACAUGGAGGGGUGACGUCAGUGUGCUUCUCACCGGAUGGCAAGCAUAUUCCCUCAGGGUCCUGGGACCGGAGAACGCAGAUGUGGGACAGCGGCGACGGCAGUCUCAUACCCAACUCCAUCAAACAACAUCCUCGCAAAGUCACCUGCACAGCAUUCUCUCCUGAUGGCAAGCAUAUUGCAUGUGGCUUGGAUAGCAAUGAGUGUCCCAUUGUUGUUUACGACGCAUCCACCAGCAAGUCACUCCCCUUUCCAUUCGAUGCUAAUCAAUCCUGGGUGUGGUCAAUUGCCUUUUUGCCCAACGGAAAGCACCUUGUCACUGGCCAUCAAUCCGGUGAUCUGCGCGUCUGGAGUCUACAGGACGGCACCGCCACACACUCCCCACCCAAAGUACACAACGAGAGAAUCACAUCCAUUGGGGUUUCGCUACUCGGAGACAAACUCGUCACUGCGUCUUAUGAUAGGUGCGUGUAUAUAUGGGAUGUAGAGAACGGCUACUCCAACCCUUGCCUACUUGGCACACACGACGGUUAUGUUUACUCCGCGGCGUUCUCACCCGACGGCACACGAGUCGCAUCAUGCUCAUGGGAUAGCACCGUCAAGAUGUGGAAUCCACUCCACUCGACAUCCUCUCACACGCCGAAAUGCAAGGCGCCAACCAAGGCUGUCUGGUCGGUUGCAAUCUCGCCUGAUGGGUCACGCAUUGCCGCAGCAGGUGAAGACAAAGCGAUCUAUAUGUUCAACGCACGCGACGGCACUGCCGCUGUCGAGCCACUUGUGGCACACACCAAUGGGAUCAGGUCGAUGGCAUUCUCGCCCAAUGGCAGGUACCUUGCAUCAUGUGGCCUUGACCGUGCCAUCUGUCUGUGGGAUGGCACGAGCGGCAAGCUGCUAUCCGGUCCACUUCGAGGGCAUCAAGACUUGGUUUGGUCGAUUUCAUUCUCACCCGAUGGCAAGCGCAUUGUCUCUGCCUCAGAUGACAUGACCAUACAAAUGUGGGGUGUGGGAGAUGGGACUCUGACAGCUAUCGACCUGGUUGGGACACACGAGGACAUGGUCUGUUGUGCGACAUUCUCUCCUGACGGCGCGCACAUUGUUUCUGGCUGCGAAGAUGGGAAGAUCUGUAUGUGGGACUCGCAUUCGCUGUCACUCGUGUUCGAUCCAUUCGGGUCACAGUGGCAUAAGGGCAGUAUCAACUCGGUCACGUUCUCGCCUGAUGGCCAACUUGUUGCUUCUGGGUCCGAUGAUGACACCAUCUGCGUGUUCGACUCCCGCAGCGGCGAUCUGGUACUAGGACCUCUCAAGGGACACGAACGAUCGGUUCAGUCAGUUGUUUUCUCACCCGACGGCAGUCACAUCGUAUCUGGCUCGGCUGAUGGAAGCGUUCGGGUGUGGGUGGUGAAAGAUGGAGCGCCUGCAUGCGAGCCACUUCGAGGCCAUCAACGUGGGGUUAGCUCAGUGGCAUGCUCACCCGACGGUAGAUACAUCGUCUCAGGCUCAUACGACUUAACGAUACGGGUAUGGAAGGCACCAGGAGGGGGCGUUGUAUCUGACCUAUCACAUUCUGCUCCUUCCGCUUCGGAUAAGAGGCAAACACAUCGCGCGAUUGCUGGCGGGCUGACAGUAUCGCAGGACGGAUGGAUACGAAACCACGACUCACAGCUGGUGUUCUGGGCUCCAUCCGAUGUACAGAGAGUAUUCCCAGGUGUCGGACACGUCUACACCAUCGGACCUGAAGGCACGCUGCACACGGACUACAGCCAGCCUCUGUUGCUUGGCGAGGAAUGGGGUGGGUGCUAUGUUGGAGCGGGAUAA